CGCGGUAGCGUUAGUAGCGUGUUCUCCAAACGCACCCAUUGGCUUCACUUUUUAGGCCGUAUACGAGGUCCACGUAUACUACGUCCAUUUGCACCCUCACACUUAUUCAACUCCCAUACCAAGUGUGGUGAAAGAGUCACUAAGUUUAAGCCUGCAAUUAAAGAGAGAGAGAGAGAGAGAGAGGGAGAGAGAGAGCCGACAUAUGCAUCUGAUUGCGCUACAUAACCUAUUAGCGCAGUUAACAUAUUGGUCGACAAUGUGUUGUCGUUCUGGAUAGUACUUUAAAAAAUGACUCGGCAUUAUCUCUUCUUAUGUGAUGAUGAUAUAACAACAUGCUUACACGUAGCGCACAUAGUGAUCGAUAAGUAACAAGAUGAAGCGUAUCGUGAUAUUCGGCGCUACUGGAAACACGGGCUUGUGUGUUCUGAGAUUGGCAGUAGAAAAUGAUUUGGAAGUACGAGCGUUUGUAAGAGACAAAACCAAAAUUCCUGAAGAUCUUAAAAAUAAAGUUGAAUCGGUCAUUGGAGAUGUCACUAACGCAGGUCAAGUUGCAAAAGCUAUAACUGGUAGAGAUGCUGUUGUGGUCGUGCUUGGAACAAGAAAUGAUCUGAGUCCUACUACUGUAUUAUCAGAUGGUCUGAAGAAUAUAAUAGAUGCCAUGAAAGUACACAAUGUUGAAUUAGUUUCUGUAUGUCUGUCAGCAUUUUUAUUCUACAAACCUGAGAAAGUACCUGCAAUAUUUAAAGAUUUGAAUAUGGAUCAUCAGCGAAUGUUCGAUAUAAUCAAAGGAAGUGGAUUAAAAUGGGUGGCGGUAUUACCACCUCAUAUAGCGGAUGCACCUAAAUCGAAGUAUAUUGUCACGUUUGACUCCUCCCCUGGCCGUGCAGUCUCAAAAUACGACUUGGGCACUUUUCUUAUUGAAUGUCUCAAAAACCCUGAAUAUCACCAGAAAGUAUGUGGUAUUGCUACUGUAUGAUGAUAUAUAUGAUAAAAGAGGAUGUGGGUAUACAUAUAAAUAAGAAUCAUAUAUAUGUUUUAUUCUUUUCUAGUAAAAAAUAUAUUAUUCACGUAAAUAUACGUACAUAUAGCAAUGAAUUUGUAGUUUUCAUUAUACAACCAAUACGAUUAUCAAUACAAUUGUAUGAAUUAAAUAUAAGGAAGCAAAUGUAAUCAUUUUAGUGUACAACUAAAAAAUAAUAAAUACAGAUGAAAUAAUA